AUGGAGGCAUCGCCCCUCACCCAGCAAACGAGACCCGAGACCUUUCAGCCCAAGAUUGUGCAGCUUUACGAGACUCUCUUCAAAAACGAUGAUACAGAGCUGUCCGAGGGCUUCUGGAGGGAGUUCUUCUUGCUGUCUCCGAAUCGCAGCCAGCUGCAUGCACUGCUGGACGGUCUGAGUGCUGACGAGACGUUGAGUCUGCAGACACAAACGCAGCGUCUUUUCUCCCGCGCUACUCGUGAGGCAGCUUCUGGUGUCGCGCCGGCUGCGUCCUAUGCAUUGGAUACCUUGUCGAUAUUCUUGACCAGUGUGUUAAGUAAGAAGUACACAAACCCUAGCUCAGAUGUCAUCACCGUUCUAGCUGGGCUGGAUGAAGUCGACCAUGUCAUCUCUGACUUUGUCUCGGUCCUGGACGGGAUCAUUCGCAAUGGCAGUAAUCUUGAGGUGCGCCGCAAGGCAAUCAGAGUGGCCAUCGCCAUGACCAGCGGGGCGUACAAGACUAGCCUCGUCUCGUAUUUUACCCAUCGCGAUCUCUUCCCAUCGCUGAUGAAGUAUGUCAAUGACUCUGAUACACCCAUGCAAGUUUUCGACCCUUUUCUUCUGCUAGGGCUCUUGGCAAAUUACAACAAGUUUGAAUUCCAAAACCCCUACCAGUUGCGACUCGACGAUUUCGUCAACGAAUCGAGCAUUCAAAAAGUUGUGCAUGGCGUAGGUCUCACUUGUGGCGGUCUGCGCAAUGGCUAUAUCGCCGUGCAGGAUGAUGUACCUGAAGGCUGGAACUUGACAAGUACACUCGUCUUCUUUGGCCUGCGGGCACUUACCCCCGGUGCACGAGACAAAGCAACUCCUCCUACGGUUGAAGAAGCAAAGGCCAUGUUUGCUGCUCUACCCGCGCAAGAAGCCGCCAUUCUGAUGGCAACCUAUGACUUCACAAAUUCGAAUAAGCUCUUUGGCUACCACAUGGUCCACAUGAUGCCCGAGAACAAAACCGAGGAAUCACCCUUUUCAAGCUUCCUCUCCUUGACCUCCUACCUCCAGCAGCACGCCUACCGCACCAUUAGAAGCGCUCACUACGCUGAAUUAAGCCUGUUCACUCUCCGCAUCCUAGUCGAAGACCCGACCCUUUGCAAACACAUCUGCAGCGAUAGCGGAAAACCCCUACCUCCCCUCGUCGCUGGCGACCGGGUCCCCGCAACAGUAAUCCUCGACAUAAUGAUCGACACACUCACCCACAAUCUCCGCCGCCGCCUGGACGUGAACAUCUACAGCCACGUCAUCGCAAUAACCCUUCGCAUCCUAACAUACCUCUCAAUGAACAAAAUCCGCCUCACAUACCACUGGUCGGAACUCUGGCGCACCCUCCUCUCAACAACCCGCUUCCUAACAACCUACGCCACGGACCUGACAUCCAACCCCAAAAUCAACACCCUAACCACCUCUCUUGCUGACCUGAUGGCAUUCACCGUCUCGGCAGGCGAUACUUUCCUCCCGGACCCAGCAUCCUACGACGACCUAUUCUAUAAGCUCGUCGAAACCGGACCUGUCAUCUCCAAGUUCCGCGACGUCUACUUCCCCAAAGAAAGGGAAAAAGAAAAAGACACACACUCCGCAGCUGUUGAAACCCUUCUUAGCGUCUCUACGCAUUUCUACACUCUUCUAUUCCAGUCUGACGGUGAAACUACGGCGGUAGCGCCUAGUCCGAAGCCGGAUGGCGAGCCAAAGCCUGUUGCACUACCGGCAAUUAAGAAGAGGAAUUUGAGUCCGAGAGAGGUGCACCGCAUCAUCAAACAAGGGUAUGACACGCUCAGCAUUCAGCCGCCGGAAGGGUUGACGACUUGGUCGAAGUGGAGAGAAACGGAGUGGAAGAGCGAGUUGAAGAGGGCGGCCAGGUGUGCGGUUGAUGAUGCGAGGCAAAUUGUUGCUUAA